GCCCGAGAGAGGGGCCGGGAGGAGCCGUGCGGGAGCGGGGAGGGAGCGGGAGGAGCCGCGAGGGGCCGCCAGGGCCAUGCCCCCCCCGCCCCGCACCGCGCCGCCGGCGGAGGCAGGCGCGGCGCUGCCGCAGGGCGCCCUGCGCCGGGCAUGAAGUUACGGCGGAGCGGGGCGGGCGGUGCCUCCCCCGGGCGGCCGUAGCCCCGGGGCGGGCUCGGCACAGCCUCGGCAGCCGCCCCGCAGCCCCCCGCAGCGCGGUGCCGGUGCCGGUGGCGGAGCCGUGCCGGAGCCGAGCGAUGUGCGCGCCGCGGCCGGCACCUGCCGCCCCGCUCCCCUAGCGCCUGCUGGCAGCGCGGCGGCUGGAGGUGCCCCUCGGGAAGUUUGAUGGCUUCUUUGCGGAGAGUCAAAGUCCUGCUGGUGUUAAACUUGAUCGCGGUGGCCGGCUUCGUCCUCUUCCUGGCCAAGUGCAGACCCAUCACGGCCAAGAGCGGCGACUCCUUCCACGACGUCCAUCCCCGGGCAGAAGUGGUCAACUUGACAGCCCACGGCAUCGGCUCCAUCCAGGAUGCGGUGCUGAAGAGGCUCUCCCUCCUGGAAGACAUAGUCUACAGGCAGCUCAAUGGUCUGUCCAAGUCACUUGGUCUCAUUGAAGGCUAUGGUGGACGUGGCAAAGGUGGGCUUCCAGCCACCCUGUCCCCUGAGGAGGAGGAGAAAGCUAAGGGACCCCAUGAGAAAUACGGCUACAACUCCUACCUCAGUGAGAAAAUUUCACUGGAUCGUUCCAUACCAGAUUAUCGUCCAACCAAGUGCAAAGAGCUGAAAUACGGCAAGGACCUACCCCAGAUCUCCAUUAUCUUCAUCUUCGUGAACGAAGCACUGUCGGUUAUCCUGCGGUCGGUGCACAGCGCUGUUAAUCAUACCCCAGCUCACCUGCUGAAGGAGAUUAUCCUUGUGGAUGACAACAGUGAUGAAGAGGAACUGAAGGCGCCGCUGGAGGAAUAUGUCAACAAACGAUACCCGGGGCUGGUGAAGGUGGUGCGCAACCAGAAGAGGGAGGGCCUUAUCCGCGCGCGCAUCGAGGGCUGGAAGGCUGCCACGGGCCAGGUCACUGGAUUUUUUGAUGCCCACGUGGAGUUCACGGCUGGCUGGGCUGAGCCAGUACUCUCGCGAAUUCAGGAGAAUCGAAGAAGGGUCAUUCUUCCCUCCAUCGACAACAUCAAGCAGGACAACUUUGAGGUGCAGCGCUACGAGAACUCUGCCCAUGGGUACAGCUGGGAGCUGUGGUGCAUGUACAUCAGCCCCCCCAAGGACUGGUGGGACGCUGGGGACCCCUCAUUGCCCAUCAGAACACCAGCGAUGAUUGGUUGCUCCUUUGUUGUGCACAGGAAGUUCUUUGGAGAGAUUGGGCUCCUUGAUCCUGGGAUGGAUGUGUACGGAGGGGAGAACAUAGAGCUCGGCAUCAAGGUGUGGCUCUGCGGUGGCAGCAUGGAGGUCCUGCCCUGCUCCAGGGUGGCUCACAUCGAGCGCAAGAAGAAGCCCUACAACAACAACAUCGGUUUCUACACCAAGCGCAACGCCCUGCGAGUGGCUGAGGUGUGGAUGGAUGACUACAAGUCCCAUGUCUACAUUGCAUGGAACUUGCCUCUGGAGAAUCCAGGUAUUGACAUUGGGGAUGUCUCUGAGAGAAAAGCUUUGAGGAAGAGCUUGAAGUGUAAAAAUUUUCAGUGGUAUCUGGACCACGUUUAUCCAGAAAUGAGAAGAUACAACAACACCGUUGCGUAUGGCGAGCUUCGAAACAACAAGGCGAAGGAUGUUUGCCUUGACCAGGGCCCGCAGGAGAACCACACAGCAAUAUUGUACCCGUGCCACGGCUGGGGACCACAGCUUGCACGCUACACCAAGGAGGGGUUCCUUCAUCUCGGCGCCCUCGGGACCACGACUCUUCUGCCUGACACCCGCUGCCUGGUGGAUAACGUGAAAAGCCGCUUCCCUCAGCUCCUCGACUGCGAAAAGGUCAAGAGCAGCCUCCAUAAGCGGUGGAAUUUCAUCCAGAAUGGUGCCAUCUUGAACAAGGGAACAGGGCGCUGCUUGGAAGUGGAGAACAGAGGAAUGGCUGGCAUCGAUCUGAUUCUUCGCAGCUGCACAGGACAAAGGUGGACAAUUAAAAAUUUCAUCAAGUAAAAGGUGGAAGACUCCGAGGAGUCUCACCUGAAACACAGCUGACUUGGACUGAUCUGACUGGACUCCUUUUGAAAGGACAAAAUAUCAAAACAGAGCUUUAUUCAUGUUAUUAGGAGAGGACAUGGGGGAAAUGGGCAUUUGUGUCUUUAUUUUUAUUGUAUAUUAGUCUCCCGCAGCUGAUUCCAACUGUGUGAAAUUGGGUCAGAACUGCUAUUUUCUUCUGGCAAGCACUCUAAAAGGUACCACUUAUUUCUGCUGGAAUAAGUGUAAUAAGCUCAUGCAGUCUUGUGAGCAUUUUACUGACAGGGAAAUGUUGUUUUCCCAGAUGACUCCAAGCUCUCCCAAAGGGCCAACUAGGUUUGCACCAUGGUCAGAGUCGAAAGACCCUGCAUAUAUCUGCAUGGCAAGCAUAAAAACUUGCCUGCUUGUGAGAGGAAAAUGUGGCCAAGCUCCAGACAAGCUGCGUUUGAAUGAAGCGGUGUUUCACUGGAUCCUCUUUCUCUUUUUCCUUUCUUGCCCCUACAUUUAGCAGCCCUUUUCUUGAGUCUGGGAGAAGCGAAGCUCUCAGAGACGCCCCAGUAGAUCCCACAGAUCUUUCCAAUCUUUAAUCACAGAUGUCAUUGCACAAAAUCCUGUCGAAUGAAAAUACUGGCCUCCUGUUGUCCCCUCUCCAUCGCCCAAGUGAUGCUGUUUGCCAAACCAGCCCCGGCCCCUCUGCUUAUGGAGACCCUGAAUGACCCUAUGUGACCCUGUGGAAAGACCUCAGAAUUUUUCCCCACAGGUGGCUGCCUGCCGGUUUUGGGGUCGGUCAGACACACAGCAAGCUGUUCUCCAGCUGGGGACCUGGAGAGCUGCAGGUCUGUCCUGCCCCCCUGGUGGAGAUGCUGGCCUGGCACUAGCCCCUUGGGAACCCCUUUCUAUCUCUACACACCCCCCCACCCCCUUUUUUUUCUGCUUUUGGGAUGAGUGUCCUCAUGUGUGCAACAGGCUGAGGGCAAGCACCAUGAGAGAAAGUCCUGCUCAGGCUUCCCUCCCAUGCAGGCUAUGGGUCUUGUCUUUAAGGCGUCCUUGCUCUGAAUGAAGAUAUCAGUAGCAGUGGUCUCUUUACCUUUGUAGCGAUGUAAUUUUCUUCCUGAGGCUUGAGCACACCUGUCCUGAGGCCUGGUCAGCAUGUGGCUAUGGCCAAGGUCCACCCCAAACCCUGCAUGUUUCUGCAGUCCUUUGUGGGUGAUGGAGAUGGAAGGAAGGGAGAGGGAGGGCAAGAACCAAGAAAUGGCAGCUUGGCUGAAAUUCCUGACCUUGGAGUCACUUGAAGCUUCUUAAUAUGAUGGGGUGAUCUCACCUGCUUUUUUUGACCCACAGUAAUCUUUGCUACCAAAUCUACCCAGGCACUGUGGGAGACCAUUGGUUUGGGGUCCUGGUGUCCGGCUAACUGGAAACUGGAAAAGGGAAACGUCUCACAAAGUUGUUUCACACGGAUGCUGGACUAAUGGGUGGAUGCAGGCUUUGCUCAGUGGAGAGGGGAAGCCAGCCCAUCUCCUGUCCUUCUCACAGAAUAAUACUCUUUCUGGUUGCCCUCUGGCUAGGGUGCACUAAAAUAUAUUAAUAUAUGAGAUGUACGUGUAAAUAUGUUCCCAAAGAUGGGAUGUGCACAGAGUUGUUUGCUGCAGAGCACUCAUGCCUGUCUUCCAUUUGCAUCAGGAUAAAGCUACCUGGGUGUUUAAUGACUUUAAUUUUCAAUGCCAUGCAGCAGGUUUAUAACUGAUGUUUUAGUAAUUUAUUGAACAGAAACAGAUAUAUUUCAUUGUUCCUUCUACAGCAAUGAGCAUCACAUAGGACUGAUUGUUCACUUACGCGUGACAAGACUCCCUCAUCCAUUGGAGUUGUCUCUGAUUUUUUUCCCUUGCCUUCCUUAAUGAAGUAAAACCUCUUAGUUGUCCUGAAUUGCAAAGUAGGGAGUCAAUGUAGAAUUUUGCUCUCUUACUCGCUGUUGCAUCAUCUCUUGUGUAAUAAAUUUUAGCACUUACAAAAACUACACGAUUACAAUGUCUUUAGAUGCAUGAUGUAUUUCCCCUUGCAUUUGUUGCUGCCUUCUAAGAAAAGCAGUUUGCUAAUGAAGUGGACUCCAGGAAACUCUGUGGGAUUUGAGACUUCACAGCUAAUGGCCAAAAUGGUAAAAUGCCCUUUAAUUGAGCAAUCAGUUUGCUGUCAGUCGUCAGUGAGAGCCACAUAUUGUUUAGUGUUGGGAAAAGCCUGCGUGUUUUGGGAAAAAACAACCCCAAAGCCUUUGGAUGUUGCCUGUGUUAUCAUUCACGGUUCUCGGCUCAGCUCUAGUCCUGCCAGUGCUCAGGGCGCCAGCAGAUGGGCUUUGUCAGAUCUAAUCGUGGUGGGACAAGGUGUCACCACCCCCAGGCAUCCAUCUGCUUCAACUGUUGGAUCUGUCCCCAUCAGCAGAAAGUGAUGUGUGGCUGCACCUCGGCUACUGUAAUUUGCAGGACUGGCUUCAGCCACCAAGCAGGGGGCUUGGCUCUAUGAAACCCAGCGGAUCGUUGGCUGAAGUCACUUCAGGACAGCCGCGUGGCUCUGCUCCAGAGCCGGCAGCCCCUGGCAGCAGUGGGGUGCAUCUCCAGCUGCAUGGUGGCAUUUCUUGGAGGUGAUGUCCAUGCUCUUGUAAGCUUGUUCUAGGUGGCACAAACCCACCUGGUGAUGGUGAUCGCAGUGGUGAUGGGCUCUUUGAUGAAAAAAUUCAAAGAUGCAUUUCCUUCGUGCACCGUGAAGAAAGCAAAUGCCUGAAUACCUAAAAGGAAGGGGAUGGUGGAGAUGAACACUGCUCCAGGACCUCAGCUGGGGCAGAAAGCUUGUUGAGGUGGUUUGACUGUUCUCACUGCUGUACAUAGAGUGCUUUAAAAUGCCUGAAAAGCAGCGGCAUGAGUAAAAUCAGGAUUAAAAUGGAGAAUUUUAUCUGCUGUGUCCGUGUAAGUGAAGUUCUGUUCUUACAUUGGUCUGUGACAUGCAGAGAUGAUUGCUGAGGCAAUGACCUGAGGUCUGCACCCUCCUAAACCUUAGAAAUCUGUCUUAGGAAUCUGGAUCUAAAUGUUGCAUCUUGCGCUUAUCUCUAAUAAUAUGUUAAUUGCUUUAAAAAGUGAUAUCGAAGUGGUUCUUAUUAAAUAUAUGAUUUGA